AUGAUCGGUCGCGGGAAUGCUCGCCGGGCUGCACGCCGUGUCUUUGGCGCCCUGCAAGAUCAGCGGUUGAAUCAACAGCUUUUUCUGUGCAUCUUUGACGAAAUUGUCGACGCCAUGUUCAAGCGCUCUUGACCUACCUUUGACGACAUAUCCUUGCUCGUCCUUUCAUGAACGUCAAGGAUAUCUAUCGGCGGAUCAAUCUGCUCUAUCCCGACCCAUACCAAUAUGGAAGAAAGCCUAGCCAACUUUGAUAGCUGGCUCAGCAGGGACAACGCUGGACCGUGGUCGCUUUUCAGUCUCACCGAUGCACAGAAGGAGUCUCUCCUAUGGAUAGGAACGUCAAUUGUCACUGUAGUGGCAUUCUGGAGAGGCAUCCCAUAUCGGUACCAGUGGGUCCAGGUGUGGUACAAAGACCAACAGACGGAAGAUUGGGAGAUCAAGUCUAUGGUCGUACUCAAGUGGAUACCGCUGCUUGCGCCCAUCAAAUAUCUGACCGUGCUGUUUCACGAGAUCAGCCAUGCUAUAGUUGGGACAGCCACGGGCGGUAGGGUCAUUUUGAUCGUGGUGGAUUUCAAUGAAGGAGGUUGUACACACUUUUCACGGAAACACCCGCCAAAUUACAUCGCAACGCUUCCUGCCGGGUACAUUGGAAGCUGUAUCUGUGGUUGCAUCUUCAUAAUCCUAGGCUUUGACACGUUGUCAUCGAAAUACGCAUUCAUCUUCUUUGAAGGCCUAACGGCGGUAUCCCUCCUCGUCUGCAUCGCGACCUUGCCUAAAUCAUUCCUAUUGCACAAAAGACAUGCCAUACGAAAGCGCUUCCACAUGCUGCGCGGUGACAAGUCUCGAGCGGAUGAACACGGUGACAGAGCAAGGGAGCAAGAAGACCUGCUGAAGAAAGGUGAAGAGGCGGACCACGACCAUGUCCCACCCGAAGCCAAAGAUGAUCUGCCGAGUGCGAAAGAGCGCAUGGUCUCUGCUGAAGCGAUCGUUCUCACCAACCUGAUCAUUGGCGCCAUCGUUGCCAUAGCCUGGUUCAUCUCAGACUCACUCUACCUUCGAUUCGUGAUUCUGUUCAUCGGCGUGAUGAACGCUUUGUAUGCCAUUUGGGACAUUUUCCUAGACGGCAUCAAGUACGGCACACAGACAUCGGAUGUGACCCUGAUGGUGCGCGUUUGGAGCCGCAGGCGUCAAAUUGCGGACAAGAAACUGCAUACUGGGAGAUGUAAGAUAAGAGAGUUUCAGAGCUAACAACGAGACUACGCCAUAAUUUGGUUAUCCAUCCAGUCCACCCUGCUUGUUGCCAGCGUGCUGGCCGGACUACUCCUGUUCAGACAUACGAUCGCUGAGCAAGCCAUCCGAUCACGGGAGUUCCUCCCCUCGCCGAAUCAUUAUGGACCGGCUGAUCUGCUCGCGCAAGGCUAUGACUCAAUUCAGGAUGCCUCGCAAGACCUGCAAGGACUGUUU